AUGGAGGAGGAUUUGAACACUAAGUCCUGGAACGGGUCCAAGCUAUGCAUCUUCCUUGGCUCCACGGAGGAUGCUCAGCGACGCAUGAUGAAGGAGCUGCCCUUCUAUCUCGAAGGCGCAGCCACCUCGAAGCAGUCGGCUUCGACAGGGAGCCUGAGGCGGCUGGAGGCGGAGAGCGACGACAUAGAGCGUCGAUCUCUUAGCUUCCUGUUCAUAGCACUGAGUAAAUUCGCAGAGAUGCAUGUGCUGGCCUGCUCGCUGAAGGUGGACAAGAAGGACCGACUGCGGGUGGAGAUGAGGGAAGAUGACGAAGAAGAGGAAGACUUUAGGGUUUAG